UUGUGAAAGGCCAGCUGGGUUGUGAAUUAGUUCACUCAUCUCCCUCGCAUCUUCCCUUUACUCUAUCUUUGUUUUUCUCUGUAGAUGAACAGUCAUAGACUAUUGGGUGAAGAAAUUCAAAUUUCUUAGCUAAGCUUAAAUUGAUUGAGUAAUGAUGUAGAGAGAGAGUGGGGAAGAAAGGGCGUAGUAUUUUUCUUGAGUACAGAAUGAUAACUUCUCUUGUGGGUUGGGUUUUGUUUUGGCUUUGAAAGAAAGCUUUGCUUGUUGGGUUUUGUUUGUUUGUGUUUCUUCCUUCAUUCAUCUUUUUUUCUUGCUUUCUUUUGGAUGGGUGCAGAGGGAGGAGAAGCUGUAGUAGAAGUAUUGAAAAAGGAGAAAGAUAGGAGAGACAAGAGAAGAGAGAGCAGUGGUGGUACAAUUGCAUACAGUAGUAAUACACUAGAAUUCUCCUUGCAAGUGAAAAAAAUCGUGUACCAUAACAAAAUAAAAACACACACACUCAGACACUUGUUGAGCUUCUAAAAAGAUCUCUCACUAAAAUCCACGAGCUAGCUAGCGCACAAACAAAGAAUAAAAAAGAAGAAGAGGAUUAGAUCUGUAAACAAAGAUCUGGUUUUUCUUCUAGAGUUCUUUUCUUUCUUUCUUUAGAGUCAUGAAGAGACUUGGCAGCUCUGAUUCCCUUGGUGCUUUGAUGUCCAUCUGCCCAACUACAGACGAGCACAGUCCGAGAAACAGCAACCAUGUUUAUGGGAGAGAAUUUCAUUCCAUGUCCAUGUUGGAGAGCUUAGAUGAGGAAGCUUGUGUAGAGGAAUCAGGCCGUGGAUCAGAGAAGAAACGGCGAUUAAGUGUAGAUCAAGUCAAGGCCUUGGAGAAGAACUUUGAGGUUGAAAACAAGCUUGAACCAGAGAGAAAAGUGAAACUAGCCCAAGAACUUGGUUUGCAACCAAGACAAGUGGCUGUUUGGUUUCAAAACCGCCGUGCCCGUUGGAAAACCAAGCAAUUGGAAAGAGACUAUGGUGUUCUCAAAGCCAAUUACGAAGCUCUUAAAGUCAAUUUUGAGUCCCUCCAACAUGACAAUGAGACUCUACUCAAAGAGGUAAGAGAGCUGAAGGCGAAGCUCAACGAAGAAAAGACAGAGAGCAAUGUUUCUGUUAAAGAAGAGAUAAUCUUGACAGAAUCCGAUGAUAAAGCAAGUGAAGAGCCACCGCUUCUGGUUUCAGUGGCCGCAUCAGGGAUAAAAGACCUAAAUUAUGAGAGCUUCAACAGCAACAACAAUGGAGUACUAGGGGCUUCUCUGUUCCCAGACUUUAAAGAUGGGUCGUCAGAUAGCGACUCAAGCGCGAUCUUGAACGAAGAUAACAGCCCGAAUCCAGCCAUUUCCUCUUCAACUGGGAUUCUCCAAAACCACCAGUUAAUGAUGUCUCCUCCACCAGCAUCAGCAUCAUCAUCGUUCCAGUUCACAAAAACGACAACGUAUCAAACCCAGUUCGUGAAGAUGGAAGAGCACAAUUUCUUUAGCAAUGAGGAGGCAUGCAAUUUCUUCUCUGAUGAGCAAGCCCCUACGCUUCAAUGGUACUGUCCUGAUCAAUGGAAUUAAAAGAAAAAAAAAAAAAAGAAACCAGUAGGUGGUGGAGUGGGGCUGGUGGUGGUGGUAUCUUAGCUCCAAGGAUUUUGCAAGAUGGCAGUGGAGUAUCUAUGUAAUCUAAAGCUCCUUGCCUUGAUCUCCACAGUGGAAAAGGUGAAAAUUGGAGAACUGGUCCAUGAGCAAAGCAAGGAAGAAGGAAGAAUAUGGGAAGAUAAAUGAAGGGGAUGGACAAAAAUGGUAAAUAAAUAUAAUAUAUAUAUUGGAAAAUGAAGUUGGAGCAAUAAAAAAAUAAUAAUAGCACAGAGAGAGCGAGCAUUUGGGCUUGGGUGACGAUAAAUGGGUAUAUAAAAUUUUCUGUGUGCGGGAAUGAUUAGGUAGUAAUUGGAGCCUCUCUGCUGUAAAAAAGUUUUUUUUUUUAAAAAAAAGAAAAAAUCAUUAGAUCCUUGAAGAUCCAUGGGGGAAGAAUUCCUGUAAUGGAGAAACAAUCAUGCCUGCUAUUUUCUUCUUUUUUAUCUCUUGUUCACACUUCGCUUCUAUCUAUGCUCUUUAAUUCUCUUCUUUUUA